CCGAAGGCGCACUCUUUCCAUCGUCAAACCCUAUCAUCUUCUUUGGCUCUCUCUUCGAUUCAUCUUUCCAUCUCCAUCGUCCCUCUCAUGAAAUCGAUCAAAACCUUCCAAUCUAGGGUUUCUUCUGCGAUCUCGAAGAACCUGAGAUCACUACCAUCAUCAUCAAUUUUUUGAUGAUAACUUCUUCUACAGUCAAUCCUAGAAUCAUCAUCAAUCGCUCCUCUACCAACACCGUCACCGCCGCCAUGGCGGGCUCAGUAGACGAUCUCGGAGGAGUUGGACCAGCUCCACCAGAUUCAUGGGAGGUCGCAGACUUAGACGCCACUAUGAGCAGGUUGAUGCUCUCCUCCAAGCGGGACAACAACUCCGAUUCGACUACUACUACUACUUCUUCUCCUCCUCUUCCUCCUUCGGAGUUUGCUUCUGCUUCCUCAACUCCGAUUAGGUCUUCUUCGGGCGGUGUGUUGGAGAAUUUGGUAAAUUCUGUCGAUCAGUUCCUUCGCGAAGCUUUGCAAAACCCUAGGGAGCGCCUUUCAGUACUACGAAUGGAACAAGAUGUGGAGAAGUUCAUAAGAGAUCCUUCACAACAACAGAUGGAAUUCCAACAACUGCCCACUUCAUAUCUGCGGUUAGCAGCACAUCGAGUGGCCCAACACUAUUCCCUCCAAUCCAUGGUUCUACUAGACAACACCCUUCCGGAUGGUUCCGGAUCCAGAAUCAUCGUACGCAAAACAUCCGAAUGCCGCCUCCCUCCAAUCCGUCUAGCAGACAUCCCUGUAAGUAUCCCAACAGAAGACCUUCCCACCAAUGCUGUGAAAGUUGCAAUCAAACAAAGGCCCAACAAACGAUCACAAAACUCGGGUGGAUCAAACUCAAAUUCCUUAAAAAACAAUAGUUUAAAAAGCGUGGAGGAAAGAAAAGAAGAAUAUAACCGAGCACGUGCAAGAAUCUUUAGCUCUAGCUCAAGUUCUAGUGGGAAACAGGAGAACGAGCCAAGCCCAAGGGUACAAGAAGUUUUCCAGCAUAUAAAAAUAGAAGAAGUUUCUGUUCCAGGUGAUGUGGCGAUAGGGAGAUCUUCAGUUGAUUCGACAGCUGGCAGUAGUAGACCAGGUAGAAGUAGUAGGACAGAAAGAGAAAGGGAGCCGAUUGUUAGGUCAAGAAGUAAUAGUAGAGUGGCAAUCUUUCGUGAUCGUGAAGUUGAGCGUAAGGAUCCUGAUUAUGACAGAAACUAUGACAGAUAUGCUCAAAGAUUUGAUCCAGGGUUUGGGUUUAAUGGGGGGAAUUAUCAGAUACAGCCGAUGUAUACACCAGUUUUGAACUACAAUACCGAGUUUCCUCAGCUUGGUUCGGCACAUAGAUCGCCUAUUUCAGCUGAACAUCAAUCUCAUGCGCUGAGUCAGCAUCUACCUGGACCGUGGGUUCCACCAUCUUCACCUGCAGGAAUUGGUUACAGACCUCCAGAUGCAAUGAUGACUCCAUAUAGUCCUAACCCUAACCAUGCUUCCCCUCAUUCUGCUUCUGCAUUAUAUAUGCAGUAUCCAUGUCAGCGACCUGGGGUGACUUUCAUUCAUCCUCGUGAGCAGGUUCAACACUACACACAAACACAACAGCAGCAAUCUGAUGCAAGUUUUGGAAUAGCCCGGCCCCGGAAAGAGUAUACAGGAGCUGUGAAUGUACACUUUUCUUCCAACCGAAGCAGCACUAUAGAAGCAAAGAAGGCGGAGGCAGCCUUAUAAAUGAAAGGGAAGUCAGGGUGGGUUUUGUUUGUUUGCUUUUGGUUGGUGGUUUCUUGCAGAAAAAAGGAAAAAAUGGCUCCAAUCUUUAUCUCACUCUUUUGUUAGAAAAAUUGAUAGCAGUAUGUACAAAUUUGUGUUUUGGAAGUUUGAAACUUGUACUUUCUUGCAUGUAUGUCACUUUUUAUGGUUUUACUGUUUGAACUCAAAGUUCUGCAUUACUACUUUCCAAACAAAAGUAUUUGCAUUCAAAGUUUGCCCUAGUUAGAAGUGC